AUGUCAGCUACGGGUAUUCUGGCCUCUCCUUUCGUAGGCGCCAUUUUAAAGACGGCAGCGGCAAGUUUAUUGCUUUUGGUAGCAUAUUUUCUAAGCCCUCCCAUCCUUCGCUAUUUCAUCGUUGACAAAGAGGGUAAUCGCAUUCCUCCUGGCCCUCCCGUACGAUACGCUUUCCUUCGAAAGUAUGCGGAGAGAGCACUCCAUGCCUGGGCAAACGAAUAUGGAGACCUCUUCUCCAUUUGGAUGGGGACACAGCUCUUCGUGGUCAUAUCGGAUCCGCAGGUUGCAAAGGAUCUACUCGUUACAAAUGGGGCGAUCUUUUCAAGCCGAAAGCGGUACUACAUGAAGAAUCAAGUUAUUCUUCACAACCGUGCAAUUACCGCUUCCGUCUAUGGCAAUACCUGGAGACAACAUCGCAAGCUUGCCAAUCUUGCACUCAACCCGAAGGCAAUGCAAGGAUACGCUGGAGUUAUGGACUACGAGGCUCACAUGCUGAUCAAAUCCCUCUAUGAGGCCAGUCAGCACGGGAAGCGCCCGAUCAAUACCUCUCAUUUCACAGGGCGAUUCGCCUUGAAUAACAUGCUCAUCAUGUCAUUUGGAAUCCGCACCUCGUCACCUACUGAUCCUCUCAUUGACACUGCACUUGGUUUAGCCAUGGAAUUCAUGGAGCUUACGGGGCCGUGGUCAAACGUGAUUGACUUCUUUGAAGUCCUACAGUACCUUCCUUCCAGCAAGCGUACUCGUGGAAAUCGCCUCAACGCCACUCUGCGCGAAACAUAUGGCGGAAUGAUUGUGGACUUCAAGAACAAGAUGAUGAAAGGCGAAGACGUGCCGGACUGCUUGGUGAAAACACUCCUUGAGAAUCAGGAAUCCGAGAAGCUUGACUGGGAGGAUGUAUGCAUGCUUUCCGGCGUGUUCACUCUAGGUGGAGUUCAUUCCGUUUCUGGAAUUAUUCAAUGGUUCAUUGCCAUGCUUCCCUCGCAUCCUGACGUGUGCGCUCGUGCUCAGGAGGAGCUGGAUCGUGUGGUUGGCCGUGAUCGCUGGCCUACAAUUGAGGAUGAGCAAAAUCUACCAUAUGUACGGGCAAUCAUCAAAGAGUUGCAACGCGUUCACACUCCAUUCUGGUUCGCGACACCCCACUACACAACCGAAGACUUUACAUAUCGCGGUCAGUUUAUUCCCAAGGAUACGGCAAUCGUCAUGAACUGCUUCACACUGCAUCAUAACGAAAUCCGGUAUCCGGAUCCGUACACGUUCAACCCUGAUAGGUAUCUUGGUGACAAGCUCAGCUGCAGCGAAUCGGCGAAGCUCGCCAAUGUCAUGGAGCGCGACCACUGGGCAUUUGGAGCUGGGAGAAGGAUCUGUCCUGGACUUCCUGCUGCGGAGCGUGAGCUCUGGCUCGUGUUUUCUCGUCUACUAUGGACUUUCAAGUUCGAAGCUGUUCCCAAUGAGCCCAUCUCCCUCGAGGAAUAUGACGGUGUUUCUGGUCGCACCCCCAAGCCAUUCAGGAUCAAUCUCAUCCCUCGUUUCGAGGGUGUUGCCGAUAUUCUCAACAGUGCCGAAGACCUGCCUUUGUAA